AUGGUAAUAAGCAACGAUGAAGAAGUAGAAAAUACCGAGUAUGUAAUAGACGAUUUGGAACCGGCUCCAGGCGAGGCAUUGGGUGAAUUGUUAAUGCAUUUGGAGGAUUAUACACCAACAGUACCCGAUGCUGUAGCCGAACAAUAUUUACAUAUGGCCGGAUUCGAAGCUGUCGAUCCACGCAUUGUUCGCAUAAUAUCGGUUACAGCACAAAAAUUCAUUUCGGACAUUGCCAAUGAUGCUCUGCAGCAUUGCAAGACACGCAGUAAUAGCCAACAUUCUGCUAGCCAUGUAUCGAAUAAGGUAAGCCAGUUAUAA